GCCGGCCGUCCGUCCGUGUAGCCACUGCCCCCAAGUCUCCAACCCCUGCUCUCUUCUUCCGCGAACUCUCGGGUCUCUCACUCUCCUCUCUUCCGUGAUACCCCCGCACACGCCGCUCCUCCGCGUCACUCUCGCAUGGAGGAAGACAUGUCGCUGUGCUCGCACGGAGGAAGACACGUCGCCGUCGCGCUCAUAUAGAGGAAGAAUCAUCGCAAGCGCCAUGUUUCCUCCUCCUCUCUGUCAAGCCAUCAUCUGCUUCUCAGGUGCGCCGCUGUCUGCUUCUAAGCCGUCCUCCUCGCCGCAAUCGUUGUCGUCCGCGACCCUCAUACCGCGUCCUCCAUCUUAGGAGGCAAGGUUCUUGUCCUAGAAUCCUAGAUUGCCGAUUCCAAUAUUUAUUGGACUGAAGAAUCAUCUUUCGACACAAUGGUGAUGUUGAUAUAGUGAGUAGUUUUGAAUCUGUUGGUUUGGUCUGUAUUGCGUUGUUUUGGAACAUUGAUGAGCACAGAUAUUGCAAAAUCUUUCUACAAACAAACAAAGGAAAAUCAUCAUCUUCCUUCCAAAUUCCAAUUUCCUUUCCUUUACUCUUGUUUCAGUAUUUCCUUUAAAACAAACAGUGUCAGUGCCUCAUUUCUUUCUUCAUAAUACCGAACCAUUAGAAUCUAGCCUGACUUAGGGAUAAAGGAAAAGAAAAAGAGAAUUCCAUCAAACCCCUUGCUUCCUUGAUGGUCAUGGCUGCGAUUCGGAGUAUCAACACAGUGGCAGAGGCUAUGCCCCAACUCACCAGAUUCUCUCUUCAAGCCCCAAAAUUGGUGGAGGUGGAAUUUGCCAAUGGUCGUGUAUUCAAGUUGUCGGCUGAGUUUCUAAGAAUAAACAGUCCUGCAGUUGAUGGAAAAAUCAGAUCAAUUGGAGGUGAAAAGGUAAUAUCGGGGAGACGGCAUGUGGGAAUCAUGUCUGCAGAACCAGUAGUCAACUACGGGGCUUAAUUUUGAUGACUUGCACAAAACCGGAAGCUAUUCGUGGGAUUAUUUCUAUCACCUGGGAAGUAACAAGUUUACCCUCAUGAGAAAUUACAUCAAAACACUGAAGAAAUAUGGGCUAAGCCGGGAUCCACGCAGAAAAAAAUGAUGCAGGCAUCCGCUUCUUGAUUGGCCAAAACUGGUUUGAAAUUGUGUCAGUUGACAUCAUGAAACUUGUGCUUGUCGUUGGAUAGCUUCAUCUGUUGAAAUUGAAAAACUGAAUUUUGUAUUAGGUGAAGAAUAGUGUUUCAGGGAAGUAUUCACUAAUUAUCAAAGGAUGAAAGAAAUAAAGGAGUGUUCUUCUUGACCC